GCGGGUUCCCCCCAAAACGGUGUGGCACCGUUGAACAGGCGGUACCACAGUUUGAAAUUGGUCCGCCGAGAACGCACGUGUUCGCCCAGCUGGUGGCGGUCCUUCGGUCGUAAAAGCGGAUUUACAUGAAUCUGCAUACGGCUUACUGGAUCAUACUUGGCGGGACGGCUCACUGUAAGGUGAUCGGGUUGGGUACUUUUUGAUGUGACGGAGUUAGUCGAGUCCCUAAGAGCUCCAGAGUUCGAGAGUUCUAGUGUUCGAGAGGUCCCGGAGUAAAUAGUUUCCGCUUAUGAUUGACGGGGACCUUCAGCAUGGCGCUCUCAGCUCGUCUACUACAGGCUACCCUCACUCUGCUACUACUCUCAUUGACCGGUUUAUCACCGGAAGUCUUAGCCAGUGCGCUGAAUCCACUCGCGACACUCGAAAAAAGGCUUUUGAGCACUAGCAACACCUCCAUCAAUGCUGAGGGUACUCUACAUGGUAAAAAGUACAAGUUCUUUUACAUCCUGCCAAGUCUCGAAAUAUUGAAGUACUCACCUGCCACUGGACACAACGAGUCACGUCUGACACCAGCCAGUUCAGUGCCGGUCACACACCGCAACACCUCGGACGCGAACGUACUUCUGCUAGCUCCGUCCUUUGUAGCUCUCAGCGAUGGGACACCAUCAAGACGGCUUACCGACUCCGACCAACGUAGACUCUCGCUGGAGCUGCACAAGCUACGACACUUUGCCACGAUUGCAGGUGUACAGCAGCCGAAAGUUGCUACCGCGCAACGAAACACAAACACACGUCCUGGGGAGAUUAGCCCGUUCACUACCCAACUACACGACCGAGAAGAGCGACCGGCGCCCUAUACCUACCGUUCGCUACUGCCCGAUACGUACCCGAGUUACAAGUCCAAUCGCUACUACAUCUACACCGAUCCCGUUCGACCGCGGGGAGAUACGGGUGACAAUGGCCAACAACCGGAUGAAGAAGCGGCACGUCCGGUGGGAUCUGUGGUCUAUCAUAGGCAGGCACGGUCAUUCAACGGAUCGGACGAAUAUCCCGAGAGGGGUGAACGCUUCAAGCGGCGAAGUGCAGUCGACGAUAUGCUUAGCAAGAACAUCACGAUUAUACUGGAGAAUCUCCUGAAGCGUUACGAGAACUCGCAGAUACCAACACAUGGACAAGGAGUACCAACCUUGGUGCAGACCAACAUACUUAUACGAAGCAUGGGUCCUGUGUCAGAGCUCGAUAUGGACUACUCGAUGGACUGCUACUUCCGGCAGUACUGGCGUGAUAAGCGGCUCAGCUUCCAGGGUCCUAUUAAGAGCCUUUCGCUCAGCAUUAAAAUGUUGGAGCGCAUCUGGCGUCCGGACACGUACUUCUACAACGGCAAACACUCGCACGUACACACCAUCACCGUGCCGAACAAGCUGUUGCGGCUCAGCCAGGACGGUGAGAUACUGUACUCGAUGCGGCUAACGAUUAAAGCUUCCUGCCUGAUGGAGCUACGAAGCUUCCCGAUGGAUCGCCAAUCGUGUCCGCUCGUGCUGGGUAGCUAUGCGUACUCCCGGCAGCAGCUGGUCUACCAGUGGAAGGACGAGGAUUCGGUGAACUUCGUGCCGGGCAUGACCCUUAGCCAGUUCGAUCUGAUCAGCUUCGGGCAGAAGAAUUACACGUUUAUCCGGCGUGAGGGUGAAUUUUCGGUGCUGCACGUGUCGUUCAAUCUGCAGCGUCACACCGGGUACUUCCUGAUCCAGGUGUACGUACCGUGCAUACUGAUCGUGGUACUAUCGUGGGUAUCGUUCUGGAUUCAUCGUGAAGCGACGAGCGAUCGGGUCGGGUUGGGUAUAACGACCGUGCUGACGCUCUCUACGAUCAGUCUCGAUUCGCGCACGGAUCUGCCGAAGGUACGGUACGCUACCGCACUCGAUUGGUUUCUGCUCAUGAGCUUCUUCUACUGUAUCGCGACACUGCUCGAGUUCGCCGGUGUACAUUACUUCACCAAGGUUGGAAGCGGUGAGAUACCGCUGGACGAGGAAGAAUGGGAAGAUAUGGAGGGCGUGGAAGAGAUACGGGAUUUACCCUCGCUGCAGCAACAUCUCAGUACGGCCGCCGCAAUCGAAUCACCACGGCUGCUAGCUGCCCGCCGCCGUAGCUCACUGAUCUGUCCCAUCUACAAUGAUCCGACGCACAUGUUCAAACCGACGUCUUCCCAUCUCUCCACGAUGGAACGCACCACACAAACGGAACCACCGAAGGAACCGACAUGGAAACAGGUCUGGCUAUGCUUUCUGGGCGAUGAUCAGUUUCGACGUCGUCGGCAGCGUGAAGCAUCGGCCCGAGGUGGCGGCAAUCGACACGUCAACAGUGUCUCGCUUAUCGAUCAAGCAGCACGCGUCCUCUUCCCGAUGUCGUUCACCUUCUUCAACAUUCUCUACUGGCUGGUGUACUACACCUACCAGGCAGACUUUACCUGGACACCGUUGAAGGAGGUUUAAAGUUUUUGCAAGUAAUCGUCCAAAAUCAUCUCCAGCCUUUCCAUGGGGGAGGGGAGGGCGCCGAUUGGAAGGUGCCCAAACGAUGGGGCGAGGAUGUGUGCAUUCUUCGCAUAAUACAUACCGUCGAGUGGCAAAUAUGUUCAACAUUGCAAGGAAGCAGCAACGUAUGGGUUAGGAGCUAGGUGCGCGUACCAAAUUAGACUGCAAAAACAUGCGUGGAAACCGUACAAUGAUAAACGAAUUCCUUACCCAGCAACAGGUAUACGAGCGGUAUGCUUCGCUCUAUAGAAAACAUACGUGUUUCUGUGUGUUUUUCUCUCUCUCCUUUUUUGGUGGAACAAAACAACAGAACGUGAAUGCUGUAAGAAAGCUGUAUGCUUCAAGUAGAAUGAAGUAGAGGUAUGUCAGUAUCACCCACUAACCGGUACCAGUUGUAAAAGCAUGGCCCGAUGAAAAUGGCAUCGUGUGUUUUGCGCCUAACUGUAUGCAAUACGCUUUACGCAAACGAAUCAAAUGAACGGUUUCGAAGGGAGUUUACAACACACGUUGCAUUGCAUACCUUUAGGCUCAUUAUGAUACAGAAGAGACACUAAUGCAGCAGUUGUUCACAAUUAGAGUCAGGUAGCGCUGGCAGUGCGAAAAAUCACAAACAAGGUUUCUUACCCCCCCCCCCCCCCCCACCUUUCGCCAGGUUUCACAAUGAAGUAGAAUAAAACAAGAAAAUCCCCAACUGUCAUCGCAUGCGUCGUACACGUGCGCUUCAAAUCAAACUAGUGAGAACGAGUGUGGCUGCUCAUUUCCGGCAAAUAAAACUGAUUCGCAUUACAGGUAGCGAAGAUUCUUGAAGAUGAGCUGGAUUAGAUUUGAAGUUGAGGGUUGAAGCUGCAAGCCUGGAUGGCAAGCUCCCCAUUCGUCACUACGCCUAGCGUAUCUGCUGCUUGCUGUAGCUAGAGAUGUGUAUGUACGUAACGCCGUUAAGCCAUGUGUAGAGGCGUAACUAAUUAUUGAGGAUAUCUUCCAGGUCCACCUGUCAAAACAAUAGGCCGCAACCACCAGCACAACCAACCAGCCAGCAAGCAACAAGUAGUUGCUGGUCGAUAAUGCUCCCCCAGUGCUGCUACGCUGUAAGUCUCGUGCCCACUCCAUUUUGUUCGGUAUGAAUGAAAGCAAAAUGGAGAGAUGCAAACGCGCCAACAAAACUAACAACAAAAAAAUGUUUGAGUAGCUUUUUGUUUUCGAUAGCAAAUGAACGACAAGUUUUCGUAGAAUUUCUGUGUUCGCCCCAUGCUCUAAAACUACUGCUCUAUCUCCUUCGUUCCGCCCAAUGGCUCUGUACUAGUUACGUGCUCUCGCUCUCUCGCACUCGCUCUCUCGCUCGUCCUGUGUUGGUGCACCGUGCUCAGGGCUUUAUAAAUGCAUCAGGCUCUCGUUCUAGAACCGUUCUGUGUUACGCCGGGUUUUUUUUUAUGUACUGUAGCAUCAUCUUCAGCGCAAAACCCGCACCCGCACUGUCGAGCGGUUGAGAAUCCAACCAGUGUCCCGCGACACGGGUGACGGUGUUUACGCGCGAAAGUGCACGUGCGUUACUGGGCCCGUCUGGCCAGUGUGUGAUAGCCCGUUCUGCCGGGCAAUAGUUUGCUGGUGCUCUGGUGCUAAUUUACGAAUUUGGUCGGUUACUUGUGCCGAAAAAUCCUCCCAAAAAUCCGGUUCAAUUGACUACACCGAUGGAUCCCAACAUCGACAGGCGCAUCUUACCGAUGCGUGACAUCGACCGAGCGAACGUGUAGCAAAAACCCCGUACUGUUCUUAAGUGCUUAAACCAGAAGCAAACGGUGGUGGUUCACCACCAACAAAGGGAGUGACUAGAGCGAGCGACCGAGCGAGUGCGGGAAUCGAUUUGCAGCAGCACCAGACAGGAACAU